UAGAGCAGCAUCCUCUGUCGUCAAUCAGUCAUCUCUACAUUCAACUAGAAAAAGGAGAGAGACUUUGAAAACAAUCUUCAUAUCCAGAUCCUGACCACAACAAUCAUCUUCAACAUGCUUUCAGCUGUACAGAGAUCUUCCAGAUACCUGACUUCCUUCUCGGCAGCCCGAGGACUCCAUAAAUCUGCACUAGAUGUGGCAGAGCGUCCUGCUCCUGAGGAAACAGUCACUAGCAGCUUUGGCAGGUUCAUUCAGACCGUACAGCCAAAGAAUCUGACACCAACAGUGCUACAGCGCAGCAAACGCAUGGUUUUGGACAGCAUUGGUGUUGGGCUUCUGGGAAGCACCACUGAGGUGUUUGAUCUUGCUCUUCAGCACUGCCAGCACAUGUAUGCUUCUGACGACAUCAGUUUUGUCUAUGGGCGCCAAGGUGUGAAGCUCUCGCCAACGCUUGCUGCUUUUGUCAAUGGAGUAGCUGCUCACUCAAUGGACUUUGAUGAUACUUGGCAUCCUGCAACCCACCCUUCUGGAGCCGUACUGCCUGCUCUCCUGGCUAUCAGCGACAUGUUGCACAGCAACAGCAAACCAAGCGGGCUUGACUUUCUAACAGCAUUCAAUGUGGGCAUCGAAAUACAGGGCCGACUGAUGAGAUUCUCCAAUGAGGCUCACAACAUCCCUAAGAGGUUCCAUCCUCCAAGUGUGGUGGGCACUCUGGGUAGUGCUGCUGCUUGUGCUCGCCUCCUUUCUCUAGAUCGCAACCAGGCUAGUAAUGCCUUGGCCAUCGCUGCAUCUUUGGCAGGUGCACCAAUGGCUAAUGCUGCAACACAAUCAAAACCUCUUCACAUCGGAAAUGCUUCACGUCUAGGUCUUGAAGCAGCCCUGCUGGCAUCUCGUGGUUUAGAAGCAAGUCCUCUAGUCUUGGAUGCAGUACCUGGCGUUGCUGGCUUCAGUGCUUUCUAUGAAGACUAUGCCCCACGUCCCAUUGGAUCCCCUGAGGAGGAUGAGCACAGCUUUCUGAUAGAGUCACAAGACAUCGCUUUCAAGCGCUUUCCUGCACAUCUGGGAAUGCACUGGAUUGCUGAUGCUGCUUCUGCUGUGCACAAGACCCUGGUUGGCCUGAGAGGAGGCAGCAUUUCUCCAAACCUGGUGCAGGACAUCCUGCUUAGGGUGCCACUCUCCAAAUACAUCAAUCGUCCAUUCCCAGAGUCAGAGCACCAGGCGCGCCAUUCUUUCCAGUUCAACGCCUGCACUGCUUUGCUGGAUGGAGAAGUGACAGUGCAGUCCUUCCACCCAGAAGCCAUUCAACGACCUGAACUUCAUGCACUCCUCUCCCGCGUCCGUUUAGAGCACCCCAGCGACAACCCAGCCAAUUUCAACAUAAUGUAUGGUGAGGUUGAGGUUACCUUGGUGACCGGAGAUGUCUUAAGAGGACGCUGCGACACUUUCUACGGUCACUGGAGGAACCCUCUUAGCCAAGAAAGCCUGCAUAAGAAGUUCCGUAACAACGCAGGCACAGUGUUGUCCACAGAGAAGGUGGAAAGGCUCAUUGAAGCCGUCGAGAGCCUGGAUCGUGUAGAUGACUGUAAACAACUGCUUGCCCAACUGCAAUAAAAAAAUACUAAUUAUAUGACAUCAAAAUGUAAAGCCAAUGAAUUGUUGUGCAAAACAAAUAUACUUGUAGAAUUUCUUUAAUUAUAAAUACUUCUUAAAUGUUACAUUGUCCUACUUGCUGUACACACUGUAGAUUGACAGUAUAGUCUUAACUUUUUGUCUUAUUGCACAUUUUUACAGUAUUUAUUUACACAGUUUCUCAUAAUGUCUGACAAAAGUUGUUUGUGUUUGUAAAUAUACAUAU